UAACACUUUACUAUCAGGGUGGGGAGGCGGCUGAGCUGAAACAGAAAGUAAAGUUGUUCUUUUGUUCAGGAUCCAUUUUGAGAAGACAGAGUAGAAAACACUACAUGGAGAUUAUUGAAAAAUAAAGGGUCAGUGCUCUAAAAUGAGUUUCUCUGGGGAGAGAGAGGAGGGGGGCCCUGCCUCUAAACUGCAUCUCUCUGGGGGACAUGACACCAAAGCUAAGAGUCCAAUCAAGCAGGAGAGACCAGCCUCCCCUGUUCCCAGCUGUGUGUCCAUGAAGAGUGACCGGUCUAUGAGUCAACCUCUAAACUUAAGAGAGGGAGACUUUUCUACUGAACAAAGGUACAAGGACAAGUUAGCACUUCUGCUGAACAAGUCAGAGUCCCAUAGCCGCAGUCAGACCAGCAGAAACUGGACCAGCAGCACUACAAGACCAAUCAAGCAGGAGAGACCAGCCUCCCCUGUUCCCAGCUGUGUGUCCAUGAAGAGUGACCGGUCUAUGGAUCAACCUCUAAACUUAAGAGAGGGAGACUUUUCUACUGAACAAAGGUACAAGGACAAGUUAGCACUUCUGCUGAACAAGUCAGAGUCCCAUAGCCGCAGUCAGACCAGCAGAAACUGGACCAGCAGCACUACAAGAAACCAACAGGAGAGAUCAGAGAUUCUCAGUGGUCAGUCUUCUCAGAGUCAUCAAACAGACCUGGCCUCUAUAUUCAGUUUGCUUGAAGAGAAUAUUAUUAAAUUUGUGAAGAACGAGCUGAAGAUGUUCAAGAGGAUUCUUAGUCCAGAACUCCCAGAAGAAUUUGAGAGUCAGAAGCAGGAUAAGGAAGUGGUGUACCCUGAAGAUGAGAAGCAGGAGAGCAGUGCCAGAGAGGGGGCUCUGAAGAUCACACUGCACGUCCUGAGGAAAAUGAACCAGAAGGAGCUUGCUGACACACUGGAGAAAUGUAAGAGCUGUCUGCCUCAUGUUGAAUGCUAA